CAACUCAACCCCACCUCUUGUAAUCCAUUUUCCAUUUCUUUCCCUAUUUUCCCAUUGGGAAAACAAAACAAAAAGAAAAGCAAAAACAGGAAACAAAACACACACUCUCUCUCUUUCUCUCUCUCUCUCUCUCUCUCUGGGUGUGGGUGUAUCUGCAUUCACUGUACUAACACACAAAAACAUUGCUCAAACCCAACUCCCCACAGCAUAGGACUUGGAUCCUCCAACCAUUUUGUUUCUCUCUCCCUCUCUCAUUGGAUCUGAGUUCCAACUUCCCAAAACCCACAGUUUUCACAGAUCGAACGAACGAACGAACUCCCACCCACCAACAAAAACGGCGGCGUUUCACAACCAAACAUAGACUUCACCCAUUAUAUCGAUCCAUCCCGGGCAUUUCUCCAUUGAAAUGGGAAAUGCCCACCACUCCUGACAUUCCACCACUACUAAACCAUGAGCAAAACAACUCGCCACAAUAACAAUACCAACACCAACACCAGUAACAACGACACCACCACCAACACCAAUAACAACGACGACGACGGCAACGAGAGCGAGUGUUUCUACGAGUCGCUCGACCGAAUCGCCUCCUCUUCUUGCUCCUGCUCCAAUUCCAAUUCCAAUUCCGAUAACGAAAACGACGCUGUUUCUGUUUCUUCUCCUAAUUAUGGGUCGGACCUCCACCGAAAGUCGUUCCGGGCGCCCAAAUUCCCAAUGGGCCUCUCGUCCAACUACGAUAUCUGGAUCUCCGAACCCUCCUCCGUCUCCGAACGCCGCUCUCGCCUCCUCCGCCAAAUGGGCCUCAUCAACGACCCGUCCUUGUCUCGGACCACCCGAUCCAUUUCCUCCGAUCAUUUAGCCUCUCAAUCCGACCCGACCACCUCCGCCACAAUCGUCCGAUCCAAAUCAGACGGUACCGAUCGUGCGUACGAUUUAUCUUCCCCUCCUCCAAUUCUUUCAAUUCAUUCCUCCUCCUCCUCCUCCUCCUCUUCUUCUUACUCUUCUUUUGUACAUAAUAGUAACGGUAAUAACGGUAUUAGUAACUGUAGUACUAGUGGCGGUGGAUCGAAAUCGAAGUCGUCUUCGCCGAAUAAGCUUCCGGCGAUUCGGAAGAAGUCGUCGGCGUCGGCGGUGGAGGAGGAGGAGAUUGACGACGAGGGUUUGGAUUGCCAAAAAGAAAGAGAGAAAGUGUGCUUGAUAAAGAAUCUUGACAAUGGGAAGGAGUUUGUGGUGAACGACAUUAGGGAAGAAGUCAAGGAUGUUGAGACCGGAAGGCAAUUGACCAUGGAGGAGUUUCAGAUGAGCCUAGGGCAUUCUCCGAUCGUUCAGGAAUUGAUGCGGCGGCAGAAUGUGGAGGAUGGGAAUAAAGAUGGUUUGGAUUCCAAUUCCAAUUCGAACAUGGGGGCUGCCGCGGCGAAGACGAAGAAGAAAGGGGGUUGGUUUAAGAGUAUAAGGAAUGUGGCGAGUUCGGUAACGGGGUAUAAGGAGAGACGGAGUAGUGACGAGAGGGAUACUUCGUCGGAGAAGGGGGGUGGCGGUGGCGGCGGCGGUGGCGGUGGUGGAGGGAGGAGGUCUAGUUCGGCCACGGAUGAUAGUCAGGAUGUUUCGUAUCAUGGACCGGAGAGAGUGAGAGUUAGGCAAUAUGGGAAGUCUUGUAAAGAGUUAUCGGGGUUGUAUAAGAGCCAGGAGAUUCAAGCUCACAAUGGGUCCAUUUGGAGUAUUAAGUUUAGUUUGGAUGGGAAGUAUCUUGCUAGUGCUGGUGAGGAUUGUGACAUCCAUGUUUGGCAGGUGGUGGAGUCGGAGAGGAAAGGGGAUCUGUUGUCAAUGGAGAGACAGGAUGAUGUGAAUUUUAACUACUCGUAUGUUCCCAAUGGGUCGCCAGAACCAAAUUCGUUGUCUCCUAUUAUGGACAGUCAUUUGGAGAGGAAGAAAAGGGGGAGGACAUCUGUUAGCAGGAAAUCGUUGAGCUUGGAUCGUAUUGUGGUGCCCGACACUGUGUUUGCACUUUCGGAUAAACCCAUUUGUUCGUUUCAAGGACAUAGUGAUGAUGUGCUCGAUCUUUCAUGGUCCAAGUCUCAGCACUUGCUCUCAUCUUCAAUGGACAAAACGGUGCGGCUGUGGCACUUGCCUAGCAAGUCUUGUUUGAAAGUUUUUUCACACAGUGAUUUUGUAACUUGCAUCCAGUUUAAUCCUGUUGAUGAUAGAUACUUCAUCAGUGGAUCGCUAGAUGCUAAGGUUCGGAUAUGGAGCAUUCCUGAUCGUCAAGUUGUUGACUGGAAUGAUGUGCAUGAGAUGGUCACAGCAGCUUGCUAUACACCAGAUGGUCAGGGUGCACUAGUUGGUUCACACAAGGGGAGUUGCCGUUUAUACAAUACAUCUGAGAAUAAGUUGCAACCAAAAAGCCAAAUCAAUCUGCAGAACAAGAAGAAGAAAUCUCAUCACAAGAAAAUCUCUGGUUUCCAGUUUGCUCCAGGAAGUUCAUCAGAAGUUCUCAUCACAUCUGCAGAUUCACGAAUUCGGGUUGUUGACGGUGUUGAUCUGGUUCAGAAGUUUAAAGGGUUUCGUAACACAAAUAGCCAAAUAUCGGCCUCCCUAACAGCAAAUGGAAAAUAUGUUGUCUCGGCCAGUGAGGAUUCUUAUGUGUAUGUGUGGAAACAGGAAGCUGAUUCCCGACCUAGUAGAAGCAAAGGUGUCACUGUAACGAGCUCAUAUGAACUUUUUCACUGUCAAGAUGUAUCUGUGGCCAUCCCAUGGCCUGGCAUGGAUACUUGGGGGCUACAAGAUGACUGCUGUGUAGAACAAAAUGGGCUUGACAACAAUCUUGAUGAGGUCUCCACAGCCAACCAUCCUCCUACGCCUGUUGAGGACAUUAAUGAUGGUUCACAAUCUGCAUCCGGCUGCACAAAUAGUCCACUUCAUGGAACCAUUUCUAGUGCAACCAAUAGUUACUUUUUUGAUAGAAUCUCAGCAACAUGGCCAGAGGAAAAACUUGUUCCAACUACCUGGAAUCGGAGCAGCCCUCGUGUGAGUGUGGAUGGUUUAACCCAAAAUGCGUCAGCCUGGGAUAUGGUGAUUGUAACUGCUGGCCGUAAAGGGCAAAUUAGAACUUUUCAAAAUUUUGGGUUGCCGGUUCGGAUUUAAGGGACAAAACCUCAGCCUUGAGGUUGGGGGAAACAAGUCGAUUUUACUACAAAAGGCAGUAUGGUCCAUUUCCCCCAUUAUAUGGUUACAUUUGUACAGAGAAUUGGGUGAGAUUUGUAAUAUUAGCGGAGUUCCAUUUCUUCUUGUGCUUUGCUAGUCGGAUUUGGUGUGCAGAUGAAGAGCCAGUCCGACUUAGCAUUCUGAAAAAAAAAAAAGAAAAAAAAAAAAGACGAAUAGAUUUAUUAAAAGAGAGAAAAAAAAAAUACACCUUGGAUCUAGAUACCGAUGAAUUGUGUAAUCGGGAAUUGUAGAGUUAUAAGCAUGGGAAAAGCUUAUUGAAUUAAAAAAAAUUAAAAUUCUUUUACGAUUCA